AUGAUUCAAGGAUACGCGGACCGCAACGAAUGUAAGAACUUCUUCUCCGCGAUCAAAGCUGUCUACGGUCCGCCGACGAAGGGCACUGCUCCGCUCCACAGCGCCGACGGCAGUACCCUCCUGACUGAGAUGUCACAAAUUCUACAGAGAUGGGCCGAGCAUUUCCGAGGCGUCCUCAAUCGCCCCUCCGCCAUCUUCGACGCCGACAACGACCAUUUGCCGCAAGUGGAGACCAACGUGGACCUCGACACCCCGCCAUCUCUCCAGGAAACCAUCAGGACCGGGCAGCAGCUCUCCAGCGGAAAAGUGCCCGGAUCGGACGCGUUCCCUGCUGAGGUCUACAAGUACGGAGGUCCCCAAACUCAUGGAUCACCUGACUGCGCCUUUCCAGGAGAUGUGGCGUCAAGACUGAGUUCCGCAAGUUUUCAAAGACGCAACCAUCGUGCAUCUCUACAAGCGCAAGUCACCGUCCCUGCUCCCACCGCUGCUGCUGUUGCUGCUGCUGUGGGGCACACGGUAGACAUCGCCGAAAUCGACGAUUGA